AUGAGGCUCUUCUUCUCCUUCUGCUUCUUCUUCAUGAUUAUCUUUAGUGCAACUGCUUAUGAUCCAUUGGAUCCAAAUGGGAACAUUACAAUAAAAUGGGAUAUCAUGUCCUGGACAGCAGAUGGCUAUGUGGCAACGGUAACUAUGAACAACUUCCAAAUGUACCGGCACAUACAAACCCCUGGUUGGACAUUAGGGUGGGCAUGGGCGAAGAAAGAAGUGAUUUGGUCAAUGGUUGGUGCGCAAACAACAGAACAAGGAGACUGUUCCAAGUUCAAGGGAAACGUACCUCAUUGCUGUAAGAAAACUCCAACAGUCGUUGAUCUCUUGCCAGGUGUCCCUUACAAUCAACAGUUCGCAAACUGUUGCAAAGGCGGUGUAGUUGGAGCUUGGGGUCAAGAUCCUUCCUCCGCUGUAUCACAGUUUCAGGUCAGUGUUGGUUUGGCUGGAACCACAAACAAGACCGUCAAGGUUCCUAAGAACUUCACAUUGCUUGGUCCUGGCCUUGGUUACACUUGCGGUCCUGCCAAAAUCGUCCCAUCUACUGUUUUCCUCACCACUGACAAACGGCGAAAGACACAAGCUUUGAUGACAUGGAAUGUUACAUGCACAUAUUCACAGUUUCUAGCUAGAAAGCAUCCAAGUUGUUGCGUCUCCUUCUCUUCCUUCUACAACGACACUAUUACUCCUUGCCCGUCUUGUGCCUGUGGUUGUGAAAACAAAAAGAGCUGCGUCAAGGCUGAUUCUAAGAUUCUAACAAUGAAAGGUCUCAACACACCGAGAAAAGACAAUGCUCCUUUGCUACAAUGCACACAUCACAUGUGCCCUGUUAGAGUUCACUGGCACGUUAAAACUAACUACAAAGACUAUUGGCGUGUGAAGAUAGCCAUCACAAAUUUCAAUUACCGGAUGAAUCAUACUCUAUGGACAUUAGCUAUUCAGCAUCCGAAUCUCAACAAUGUCACUCAAGUUUUCAGCUUUGAUUACAAAUCAGUUGCUCCUUAUGGAUCCAUCAAUGAUACUGGAAUGUUCUAUGGGACGAAAUUCUACAAUGAUCUGUUAAUGGAAGCUGGACCUUCAGGGAAUGUUCAGUCAGAGGUUUUGUUACAGAAAGAUCAAAAGACUUUCACUUUCAAGCAAGGCUGGGCUUUUCCGAGGAAAGUUUACUUUAAUGGAGAUGAAUGUAUGUUACCUCCACCAGAUUCGUACCCUUUUCUACCAAACUCUGCACGAAGAAACUUCGAUUCUCUCUCGACACUAUCACUCACUAUUCUUCUUCUUCUAUUCAUCUCAAUCUGGUGA